AUGGAUGAUUCUGUGGAUGCACAAGAUGGCAGUAUGGCCAAUAAUAUCAGUUCCCAAGAUGAUUCAAUGGAUUACGCAAUGGAACACCAGGACACGAUGGACUAUACUAUGAGCCAUGAUGCGACAAACCAAACUUUGUCUCAAUUACCAGACGCAGAAGAUCUUUCAGAAGAAGGUGAGGAAGAAGAAAUUCCGGUUGUUGAGCUUGCUCGAUCGAUCGGUGUAUCUCAAGAUCAUCAACUUGACAAUACCUCGGUGGAGAUUUUACUUUUGAUGCAGGAAGAUGUUCAUCAUGGUUUCUCUAAUGAUCUGAAUGAUGAUCAUCUGUCUCUAUUUACUACACCAGAAACCAGUACUAAUGAACGACUCUCGGUAAGUAUCGGUGCCGCACGACUUCUCACAUCUGUAGCACAAAAUGAGAACCAAGAAUCAAUUGAUACUUUGACGCAUUCUUUACUUGGGCCAAGAGAUGUCAGAAAUAUGCGGAUCGAAACGCCUAUACUGCGAACCGACCAUGAUUUUGAUGUCAGAGGAUUUGCAAGAAGAGAUGGAUUUGAGGUGAAGCCUCACGAUAUCAAAUUGCCACUAGAGUUACUCAGUAUUGAGAACAAUGAGGGGUUGGGAUUUCCAUCAAACUUUUACAAUUUCGAAACUGAGGCAUUCGAAACGAUAGCUAAUGAGAAGAUUGAAGUAACAAGAAACUCAAUGGUCUAUCUUCACACGGCCUUGAAAGCAACAUUAACGAUACAGAAUGAACAAGAGAUUUGGGAAAGUGAGAGAACACAUCCAAGAAAAUUUCCAAUCUCUUGUCAUGUUACGCCACCACUGUCUCCGAUGCUAGCCUCACUACCUGAUAGCCCUCUUCAUUUUGUUUCUUCGGGCUGCGAAAUACCAAUACUUUCAGAUCCCGAUUCUCUUGCCUCGCUGGACCUCAAAAGAAUUGAGUAUGAAGUGUUCAAGGAAGAUCUGCCGACACCUCUGCGCAAUCGAUCAGCGACUGGAGUAACAAUUUCAUCAUCCAAUGAGCAAUGUGUCAAGCCUGCAGAUCUAUACUCAUCACCAGAGUGUAUCCGAAAUUUCGAUCCAUCUUCCUCUCCUAUAGAAAAGAAAAGAGCUAUCGAGAACCUCAAAGUAGAAGAGAUUUUAACGCCACCAAAGCCGUUCGAAGAAUCAGGACCUAGGAGCGUACACUUCAAUAACAUCGUAGAAGAAUUUCUACUCAGCAGUCGACCUCAGUCUGUGUUUUCCGAGCCCGUAAUCGAGACCAAAUUCUUCGAAGAGGCAUUCGGCGACAACGGAGAAACAGCACAACAUCGAGUUGAAAAAGAGAGACUCGCAGACACAAGAAAUCGUGUCGAAGUGCCGGUGAUGGACUUCAGUAUACCUGGACCUCCCUGGAUGGUUACUAACUUCCGUAGUGUCAAUGCUGUUAAUUUGGCUUUAACAAAAUGCGCCAAGGAUAUCAGUGUUAGCCCCUCAAUGUGUUGGCCUGGAUUAAGGAAGUUGCACUCGAAGGUACCAUGGGUACCAUUUGAACAUAGCCUGGGAAAAGUUGUCGAAGAUUCCAUGGGCGAAGAGAAGACCUGGGAGGUGUUCGUGUGCAGCUUAGAUGAUGAGAAAGUGGUUACAAGUUCAAAUCUCACCUGGAAGAGGGAAGGCUUUCGAAUUCUCCAGGAUAAUACCAAUGGCGAUGAUGAUGAUGACGAGGAACUUGAGUUGGGAUAUUUCCCAAAAGAAUCCUUGAAAACACCACCAUUAAUUCGACAGCGGGACUCCGAGGCGCAAGAUGUUAGUCAACGACAAAAGCUGGCAUGUCAAUCCAACGUCAAUGCUUACAAAGACACAAUGGUACCUUUUAAGCCAUUGAUCACUCCAGAGAUGCGUCGAGAGAUAACGAAUGCGAAUUCGUUACCUCUUACGAAGAGAGCACGAUCAGUAAUCGACGAACAAACUUCCCUUCUCGGCGGUAUAUUCUCCGCAAAGGAUGAGCUGAGUAAUUUUAUGGAGAUACGAGGAGCGAAGAAACCAAGGUUGAUUGAAAGUUCUCAUUUUCCAGUUCCUAACUUACCAGCACCCUUACCAUCGAAUCAAAUAACUAUUGACGUGGAAUCUCUAUUUCAACAGCCUGAGCCUUCAAGUUCGCCUCUCCCAACACCCAUUAUAAAUGCCCCAACAGCCCCCAUCUCUAUAAUUCUAUCUUCCACGAUCCUCAAAAACCGCCCUCUUCUCCGCUCCCUCGAAACCCUGAUUCCGACCCUCACGAUCUGCGAGCGCGAUUUCUCCGCCCACAAUACUACGGCUUGGAAUCUGGGUUCCGUAAUCCGCUCUCCUGUAACUUCGACUCUCACUCACGAAGCCGACAUUAUAAUUUCCCCAAGCACAGGACUUAUUCUUACCACUCUGCAACAUAUCAAGCAAAAGCCACUACCUGGACACAAGACUGCCGUUCCAAUUCGUGAUCGAUUGGACAAAGUUAGUGCACGGUAUGAGAAUUUAAUCAUUCUUGUCGCUUCCCCUACAACUGGUAUAGGUGAUAGUGAUAGUAUCGCCUGGGCUGAUUUCGUCGGUUUCACAUUAACAUUACCCGCAAGCGUCAUUGUGAAUUACAUUCCCGUAGACAAAACUAAUAGCGAAGACCAAAGUAUGGCAAAAUUUAUCUCCUAUCUCAUUAUUCAACACUCUGGAGAUACCCUCUCGAAUCUAGUUGUAGAACUGUUAGAACAGGAGUCAUAUUGGGAGAUAUGGCUGAGAAGAGCGGGAAUGAAUGCUUUUGCGGCUCAAGCGACGAUUGCAGAGUUGAAAGAGCCGGAGCCAAGAUGCAAGGUGGGUGAUGAGGGGUACGAAAGGGAGAUGCAAAUGAUUCACAAGGGGGGGCCUUAUGGAUUGACACAGUUCGUGAUGAUGGGGCUGGAAGAUAGAAUUAGGAGAUUGAGCGGGCUGGUGGGAAGGGGAGUGUUGGAAAGGGUCAGCAGAGUUAUUGAUCAGAUAUGGGAGUAG